AUGAUGUUCUUCGCCCACCUCAUUCUCUUGCUGGGUCUCCCGACUGCCCUGGUUGGCGCUAUUCCUAUGACGCCUGCCCCCGAUACGUUGGAAUUGGCUGCGUUCAAGCGUGCUGCAUCCAGCUAUUGGGUGGGAAAUAUCAAGCGUCAGGGCACUGUGCCAUUCGCUAGCUCCACUGACUAUCAGGUGUUCCGUAACGUGAAGGACUUUGGCGCCAAGGGUGAUGGAUCUACUGAUGACACCGCGGCAAUCAACAAGGCCAUCUCCUCUGGUGGCCGCUGUGGCAAGGGCUGCGACUCGUCUACUACGACCCCUGCCCUAGUCUACUUCCCGCCUGGUACUUAUGUCGUUUCGAAGCCCAUCGUGCAGUACUACUACACCCAGAUCGUCGGUGAUGCAGUUGACCUGCCCGUGAUCAAGGCUGCUGCUGCCUUCGCUGGCAUGGCAGUUAUCGAUGCCGAUCCUUACGAGGACAAUGGCGACAACUGGUAUACCAACCAAAACAACUUCUUCCGUGCUAUUCGCAAUAUCGUCAUUGAUCUUACUGCUAUGCCCCAGGGUUCUGGAGCUGGUAUUCACUGGCAGGUCGGUCAGGCUACUAGUCUGCAGAACAUCCGAUUUGAGAUGAUCAAGGGUGGCGGCUCUGCCAACAAGCAGCAAGGUAUCUUCAUGGAUAAUGGUUCAGGUGGUUUCAUGUCCGACCUGACCUUCAACGGCGGUAACUACGGCAUGUUCCUGGGUAACCAGCAGUUCACUACGCGAAACCUGACCUUCAAUGGCUGCCAGACUGCCAUCUACAUGAACUGGAACUGGGCCUGGACCUUCAAGUCUGUCAACAUCAAUGACUGCCAGGUCGGCCUCAACAUGUCCACUUCGCCUUCCAACCAGACUGUUGGCUCUGUCAUGAUGCUCGAUAGCAAGCUCACCAACACCCCGACUGGUAUCGUUACUGCUUGGACCAAGAAUAGCAUCCCUGCUGGUGGUGGUACUCUCGUCCUGGAUAACGUCGAUUUCUCUGGCUCCACUGUCGCGGUGGCCGGUAUUGAUGGCAACACCAUUCUGGCUGGCGGCGCUGUGGUUGACAGCUGGGUGCAGGGCAACACCUACACCCCUUCCUCUUCCGUCUCUGCCAAGCGUGCUUACCGCCCCGAGGAGGAUAAUGCUGACACCGAGGUCGUCACCAUUGUCGAGACUGUUGUGCAGACUGUGACGGCGUGUGCUGCCACUAAUGGUGCCGCGACCCUCGCGACGAACGCUGCUUCCAGCUCCAACACCCACGUCACUACUCCCAUUCUGCCUUCGGGCACUGGUUCGGGCGAUCGCUCUCUUGGAUCGCAAGCUAGCAUUUCUGCCCCCACCUUGUCUGGUCUUCCCGGCAUGGACAACAGCUGGCUGUCUGUCUUUGUUGGCUCGUCCGAACCGACCGACGAGGUUACUGUUCCCACCUCUCAAACCCCUGCAGCCAGUGAAGAGCCCUCUGCUACUGUUCCUGCCGCUGGCGAAUCCACAGCUGCUAUUGUCGCGGGAUCUAGUGAAGCGACUACCGUUCCUGAGACCAGCCAGGCCGUCCCAGCAGUUGAGACCUCCAGUGCUGUUCCCGUUGCUCAGUCAACCCCCGCAUCUGGCACCUCGAGUGCUGUCUCUCAGGCCACUGGUUCUAGCAGUGGUUCGGGAACGUGCAGGAGUGAUGCUAACCAGGCUGUCGCCUCUGCUCGCACCCAGAGCACCAUGAAGGCCAGCUCCAAGCCCGGUGACCUUCUCAGUGGUGGCGCCGUUUUCGAAAAGUCAAAGCCACUCUACGAGUCUCUCCCCGCUUCCUCGUUCAUCAGCGUCAAGUCUGCUGGUGCCAAGGGUGAUGGAACCACCGACGAUACCGCUGCUCUCCAGAAGGUGCUAGACAGUGCCACCUCCGACCAGGUUGUUUACUUUGAUCACGGUGCGUACGUGAUUACCUCGACCUUGAAGAUUCCGAAGGACAUCAAGAUUACCGGUGAGGUUUGGCCCAUGAUUAUGGCCCACGGCGCCAAGUUCCAAGAUGAGAAGAACCCAAUUCCCGCUGUGCAGGUUGGUCAGCAAGGCGAGUCUGGAUCCGUCGAGCUGAGCGACUUGAUCAUUACCACCAAGGGCGCUGCCCCCGGUGCUAUUCUUAUGCAAUGGAACGUCGCCGCCUCCUCGCAGGGCUCGGCUGGCAUGUGGGAUGUCCACAUUCGCAUUGGUGGUGCUGCCGGUACUGGCCUCCAGAGUGAUACCUGCCCCAAGACUCCUGCCAAGCAGACUACUCCUAAGGCUGAGUGCAUUGCGGCGUUCUUGCUCUUGCACAUUACCGAGAAGGCUAGUGCUUACAUCGAGAACUCCUGGAUGUGGACCGCUGACCACGAGCUCGACCUGGCCGACCACGAUCAGAUCAACGUCUACACUGGCCGUGGUGUUCUUGUCGAAUCGCAGGGCCCGGUUUGGCUCUGGGGCACUGCUUCUGAGCACCACCAGCUGUACAACUACCAGGUGUCGAACGCUGCCAACGUUUUCAUGGGUCUGAUCCAGACUGAGACCCCGUACUACCAGUCCAAUCCCACCGCAUUGGUUCCCUACACGCCUCAGGACUCCUGGAAUGAUCCCGAUUUCUCGACAUGCACAACGGCCUCCUGCAAGAAGUCCUGGGGUCUGCGCGUGAUCAACACCUCUGAUCUGUUCAUCUACGGUGCUGGCCUCUACAGCUUCUUCGAGAACUACGCGCAAACUUGCUUGAACACAGAGGACUGCCAGGAGAAUAUGGUAGAGGUUGACUGUUCGGAUGUUCACAUCUACGGUCUCAGCACCAAGGCUGCCGUUAACAUGGUCACCUCGUCCGCAGGCAAGAGCAUGGUCCCCCAGAAGCCCAACACAAGUAACUUCUGCUCGACCAUUGCUCUUUUCGAGCAGUCUGUCUAG